AACAAUAACAACAUCUACACAAGCAGCAACAUCACAAAGCAGCAGCAGUAGUGAUGCAGGAUCAACUGAGCGCAGCCUCGUCAUCAGAAAGGACACGCCAUUAAAGUCACCAAUUAUGGCUCAAUUACACAAAGAGCGGGAAGUUCGUCAAGUCAGUGGCAGUUUGACCGAAACCAGCAGGCUCAGUGAAACAGCUGGCAUAUUUCAGGGGUCUGAGGUUUCCUGCGAUGUAAAAACAGGAAUAAGAACGACACAGUGCUCGGUCACACUGCAGCUGAGGCAGAGUUUAGCUCCAUGUUGUAUCCUCCGGACUCUCUGUGCAGCCAGUAAAACAUCCUCUGACAUCCAUGUGGUGGGAAAAGAAGCAAGUCCAGUUGACGGACUGAAAGCCGAGUGCAGCAGCAAACCAGAAGGAAAAAGCUGCGUUUACAACGGCCCAGUAAGAAAAUCCUGUGAUGAGUCCGGGACGGCAUAUGAGGAAGUUGUUAGCUGUCGUCCAGAACCAAAGAACAACACCUGUACCUGCUCUACUUACUGUAAUGGGACAGAUGCUUACUACACUUUACAAUUAUCAUUACGAAAUCCAGAGGUGCAGCUUUCGGAUGUGUUGCCUAAAAGUUCGACACCAAAAGAAACCAGCAUUUGUACAGAUGAUUCAUGUUCAUCUGCCACCAUUGCAACACUACUCAAGGAACAUAAAAUGGACUGUGAAUCUACAACAGCACAUUCUCGGAGCUGCAGCGUGAUCCUGCGUUUUGACCGUCAGCUUCCGAUCUGUAACGUGUCUUCAUUUAUGAAGGAUAUGAUUGGCUCGAGUGAAUUAAUCACUUUUAAUGGACUGGUGACCCGUGCAGCACUCUGUGGAAAUAUCAGCGACAGCUCGUUGAGUUCUGAGUUCACAUGGCACAACAGUGAGAUUAAGCCUGCGACGGUUUGCUCAGAUCAGCCUGUCAUCCUCACCUGUGAAAAGGAAAAGGCUGUGGUGGUAGAACUGCAGGAGCAGUGUGUCCCAGACACUUUAACGACGGUCAGCCCAAAUGUGACGACCAUGGAACCAAACACCACCUCAUCCAUCAAUGUCACAUCAUCCCCUCUGAACACCACAGUGACGACAACCAUGAACACGACUGCAAACGUGUCUAUAACCACUGCUGCUUUGUCAGCUGAAGACAGAGCCUACGCUCUUCUGGAAAUGACCAGAAAUAUGUCCAAACUGAACUCCAGCCAGGUGGAUUACGUGGUGUCUGAGCUGCAGGAUAUUUUGUCAGGUCAGGUGACCAUCAGCCUGAUUCUGGGAAACAUCUCAGUACAUAUUGUCAGCAAUCUGAUCGGUGGUACUCCUGAGCAGCUGGCCAACUCUGCAGCCAGUGUUAUAGGAAUUGUUGACACAGUCGGGCUGAAGCUGGUCCUGGAUCAGACAGAAACACUCUUGUCCCGAGCUUUGGCUUUGUCUGUGAAACCAGCAGAUGGCACCAACUUUCAGGAGACCAGCUUUUCCAUCUCAGACCCCAGUAACGUGCAGGUUCGUGGAGAUUCCAGCGCUCCUCAAGGCUCCAUCACACUUCCCUCCUCGCUCACACAACAUCUGACCUCUGAACAACAGCAGCUGGCUUCAAGAGUCCUUUUUCAUUUCUACCAGAGGAGCACAGUGUUCCAGGACAAAUCGAUGGGAACACACAAACUUAACAGUGGCAUCUUAGGAGCGAGUGUGGCCAACCUGUCAAUCUCAGGACUGAAGGACAAUGUUACUAUAAACCUGAAGAAUACGGAACCCAUUCCAGAUGAUUUUGUGCCCGUGUGUGUUUUCUGGGACUCUGCGUCCAACAGCGGCUCCGGUGGUUGGAAUCCUGAAGGUUGUUCUGUCUUAAAUAGCACAGACAACAUAACAACCUGUAGCUGCAACCAUUUAACCAGUUUUGCAAUCCUGCUGGACCUCUCCAGAGAGACUCUAACCGACCGACUUCACGCAACAAUCCUCACCUUUAUCACAUAUAUCGGCUGCGGAGUCUCAGCCAUCUUCCUGUCCAUCACCCUCCUCACCUACUUGGCCUUUGAGAAGCUGCGUAAGGACAUCCCAUCUAAAAUCCUGAUCCAGCUGUGUCUGGCUCUGCUGAUGCUCAACCUCGUCUUCCUGUGCGAUGCUUGGCUGGCGCUCUACCCAGAGGCCGUGGGCCUUUGCAUCUCCACUGCCUGGUUCCUUCACUACUUCCUUCUUGUUUCCUUUACCUGGAUGGGACUGGAGGCUGUUCACAUGUACGUGGCUCUCGUGAAAGUCUUCAACAGCUACAUAUCACACUACAUGCUGAGGUUCUCGCUGGUCGGCUGGGGCGUCCCCAUGCUCGUGGUCAUUAUAGUCAUUGCCAUUGACAAGGAUAACUAUGGUCUGGUCUCCUAUGGAAGGUUUCCUGAUGGUACUAGUGAUGACUUCUGCUGGCUGAAGAAUGACAUUGCCUUCUAUGUUGCAGUUGUGGCCUAUUUCUGUGUCAUUUUCCUCUUCAACUUUGCCAUGUUAAUAGUGGUGUUGGUCCAGCUGUGUCGAAUAAAGAGGCAGAACCCUCACAACGCGCAGCAUCGCACCACCUUUCAGGAUGUGCGCAGUGUGUUGGGUAUAACCAUCCUGCUGGGUCUCACCUGGGGCUUUGCCUUCUUCGCCUGGGGUCCGGUGAACCUGGCGUUCAUGUACCUCUUUGCCAUCUUUAACUCGCUGCAGGGUUUCUUUAUAUUUGUGUUCCACUGUCUGGUGAAGGACAACGUGAGGAAGCAGUGGAGGGUCUACUUGUGCUGUGGCAGACUGAGACUUGCAGAAAACUCAGAAUGGAGUCGCACAGCAACACAGAAGACGAUGAAGAAGUCGUCAGUGACAGGAUUUUCGUCUCUUCCGUCAUCGAGGUCGCUGCAGUCCCACAGUUCGUCGUCCAGUUCCUCGUUUCUCGCCAACGACACAACAGAGAGGAUAAAUGGCAUUGGCAGUCCAUUUGUUGACAGAAUAAUCACAGCUGAUGAAGAACCCACUCUGGACGUGGUGGCCAACGAAGUGAACAUGCAGAACAGAAACCAGCACACGUCCUGAUCCACAGGGAACUCUUUCAUACCUGUACAUAAUGUAAAUCAACACAGUUCUAUCAUUUA